UCAUGCAUGUCUACUCAGUCAGUAAUAAUUGAAAAACUACAACUAUCAAUCAUAUUGUGUUUAAAUUAGUUUUUUCAUUUCUUGUGUUUUUGUUUUUCUUUAAAAGUGUUUUAAGCCCACACUUCAAAUCAGCUCUCUGUCAAGCAUGAACCAAAAAUUAGAUUAUACAUUCAAACAAGAUUUUAACAUAUUCCUCCUACUCUCUCUACUCGCGUUAUGCUCUUAAGAAACAAAGCUGCUGUGCGACUCCAUGACACGUUUGAGGACGGGAAGGUUUACAGAAUUCACCAGCAGGGCAAGUCAUGUUUGGGGAGGAAAAAAUUUAUUUUUUCCAAGAACAGGCUUAGACAUAAUAAAUUAAUAAGUGAUUAUGGAUAUUUGACGGUUUGUUAUUGACAUAAUCUCUGCCGGGUUUUCAUCUACUAGGCAAUUAGAAAAGGGACAAGUUAAGAAUUGGCUACGAACAUUAAACGUAUAAGAAUGGAAGAAAAGUCUUCUUAAAGGUAAACUAUUAUGCUUCUUUGAACAGAUUAGAACAGCUCUAUGGUUACGGAUGCUAGGUGAGUUGCUAGGUAACUGCACUGUGCCUGAGAGCUUUUUGAAAUGGCUCUUUUUCCAGAUACCAAAAAAGCAUGGACUUAUUGCCAAAAAACAGUUGGGUGGUUUUUUUUAAGCUCUUCGGUUGUUUUUAGAAGCAGUUGAGACACAACUGGAAGCAUAAAAAUGUGAAUUUUUCAUAAUUCUCUUCUGAGGCCUUUAUCUCAGCCUGGAUUGGUUUACAUCACCAUUUGAAAGCUUUCGCUCUCAAUAAGGAAAAAAAAAAAAAACACAGACUAUCGAUAAAUACAUUAUUCUGGUCCAGACUUUCUCAUUGGUCCCUCAGCUUGAAUUGGUGGCAUUGACACAAAGUGACAGUGCUGUAAAAACAGAGCAUCACAUUGUGCUGUGUGUAGGGGUGACCUAUUGUCUGGUACAUAUGCACUGCUAUGGAGGCGCUUUUGAUCGCCGUGGCAUGUGUGCUUCUGUCCUGCUCUGUCAAAGGUAAGUGCUAGAACAAGCAGGGCUGUGCUUGUUAUCAUUUUUUGUUAUUGUAGCAAACUUUUUAAGAUAAUUUUGUUUUUUUUGUUUUUUUCUUUAAGAAAGAAGCGUAAGUUACACGUAUGAAACAGGCCAAGGAUUUCAUGACUGAUGUCUUUGGGAAUGUUUAGAAAUGUUUUAAAUCUGUAUUGUGCAUAUUUUAGAGGAUUUAAAUUUGUUUCAAAGGUGACGACUGGUGGGGGGAGUAUCAGGAGGGGAUACGACACUACAGUGACGAGGACCUCAAUAAGACGUUUCCAGAGAAAACUCGACCCAUGCGCUUCAAACAUCCUCCGUUCCAGUGUCCUGACAUGACCCCGUCUGCUACUGUCCCCUCUUCAGUUGAAUUUGUGAAGGCAGCGGAUAUAAAAGUCAUCGCCGCCUUGGGCGACUCCGUGACUACAGCCGUAGGUGCCAAUGCCACCACUGUGCUGGAAAUCCCAGUAGAGUUUCGCCAUGUGUCGUGGAGUAUUGGAGGCUACGGUACUUUUCAAGACGUCAUAACUCUGGCUAACAUCAUCAAAUUAUUCAACCCCACUCUGCUUGGCGCUUCUCCUGGAAAGACUAUCCAUGGGAAGGGGGCUGAUAUUAGUGAAACCGGCUUUAAUCUGGCUGUGACCGGACAUAACACCUUCAACCUCCCAGAUCAGACAAGAGAAUUAAUUGACACUCUGAGACGACAUGAGGGUCUUAACUUUGACGAAGACUGGAAGCUUCUGACCAUUCUCAUAGGCAUGAAUGACAUUUGUGAUUACUGUAAAGAUAAGGCUCUGUAUUCGGUGGAUAACUUCAUUCACUACAUGACCCUCUCUCUAGAAAUGCUUAUGAAUGAGGUUCCUCGUAUGAUCGUCAACGUGGUGCAGAUUUUGCGAAUGCAUUUUCUGAGGGAGGUACAGAGGCCUACCCCUGGGUGUCGUCUACAGCGGUCCUUCUGCCCGUGCCUGAUCGAGCCAGUGUCCAACUCUCCUGAACUUGAGGAGGUGAUUGAGAUCAAUCUGGAGUUUCAGAGGAGACUCGAGAAGCUGCUGCACAGCGAUCGCUUCCUCAGGAAGGAUUUCGCUGUUGUCCUGCAGCCCUUCCUCAAACACGCCGACUCCCCACGCCUCCCGAACGGGAAGAUUGAUAUGACCUUCUUCACUCACGACUGCUUCCACGUCACCAUAAAGGGACAAGAGGAGCUGGCUAAAGGACUGUGGAACAACAUGUUUCAGCCUGAGGGAGGGAAAAUGAUCGUGAGCAGUUUUUCUGAACCCCUCAAGCUCAUCUGUCCACCAGAGGAACACCCGUACAUCUUCAUCCGCCCGGUCGCAGCCAAGUCGAGUCCGUCUCUUCUUCACUCCAAGUCCACAUCACCGGCUGCCAUCAUCCUGCUCCUCUUUUUCUUCUUCUUCUUCACAAACAUCUCUCGUUACUCAUAAGUGUACUCAUUUCACUGCUAUUUAUGAGUUACAAUCAAUCAAAUAAAAUCCCAGUAAACGAUGCUUCAGCUAGCGGCUGUAUGUGGAAAAGCGUAAAUACUUUUGCAAGGCGUUGUAUUCCAGCUCAGACCUGAGCUUCCGUAGAGAAGCACAGCUGUAAUCUGAGCAAGAACGAUUUAAAUAUGGAAAUGCUGUCAUUCUCUUAUCCACCAGAGAUCUCUUCAGACAACUCUUGUCUUUUCAAGCAGCAUGUGAUUUAGUUGCAUGUUUGCUCCUCGGAUCUUCAGGCUGUGACUGGCCCACUUUCUCUGUUCUCUCCAGAAAUUGCCGUGCAAUGAGAACUCCUGCAACACAAAGCAAGCCACUGUAAAAAGCAUGCAGAUCUCAAAAAUCAGAUGAAACCUUUUGAGUCGUUGUCAUUUGUAAACUGUGGUUUCAUAGGAUGACCCAGACUACGUUGAUGUCUGGCUAGACAGAAAAUUAACAGAAUGUAUUGAAUUAGUUUAUUUAUUAUGAUCACAAACAACGAUGGAGGCUAUUGCGGAUUCUCAGAAGUAGUACAUUUACCUCUUGAAUGAAUAAAUGCACAACAGAGUGGAUGAACUGGAUAGCAUAGCAGAUAAUGAUGGUUUAUUGAAACUUGCUGCAAUGUACACAAGUCUGACACAUUAUACUGUGACUGAGUGGAUAUGCAGCCUUUUAAUGCGUUCUUGUUUAUUUUCCCUUUAUUUUAAAGGACAAAAAAAAAAAAAAAACAAUUAUGAGGUUAUUUUGUAUCAAAUAAAUCAGUUCUGGAUCUGGAA